AUCCCUAGAGGGAAAUGCCACCAGCAUAAUCCAGGCAUUGAGAUAAUGUCUCAUAUUAGCCUACAGAUGGAGUAAUGUGUAAAGAAAGAACGGUUUGUUCUGCCUAAACGCCUUCCCAACUCGAGCUCUCGUUUCCUAGUACGAGCAACGAGCAAACCUGCCUGCCUCGUCCAAACGAUGGACCGGGGGUAGUUUUAUCACCACUGCUGUUGCGGGUUAUCUACCAUUUUAUCGGUAGGAAUGAACAUUAAUCGCGGGACAAGCGCGCCAGACCAGUGCGUCAAUUGCGACGGUUGGCUACUAUCGAGUUGCUGUUGCGUGACUGACAGCGGCAGCUGAAUGCAGAAUCUUCUCAUGGGACCUGGGCGGCUAUGGUGGUGCGCCUGCCUGAUCUGGAACGGGGCAAUGUGAAGAGCUCACAUACUUUUAGAAACUAGAUGACAGAGCAACACUCUUCCUCUGGCAGCUGCGGUCAUUCGGGAUGAGAACUGUCACGAGCGGUCGCCUUCUGCACAUGAGAAGAGGAAAUUAGCCUAAUAGAUUUUAAUCAAGAGGAGGUAGCUAAUCUGCUUAAUCAUUGGCAAGUGGUCCCGCGGUGAAUAGUAGGCUAUGGGAUCACUAUGUUGUCCCGAAAAGGACUGGUCCCUGACGACUACUUGCUGACCCGCUUGGCUGAGGAUGUCCAGCAGCCUAAAUUCAAGGGGAAAGCGCGGAAGGCUCGAUUCGUUGCCAAAAAUGGAAUUUGUAAUGUGGCCCACACGAACAUUCGCGAACAAGGACGGUUCCUACAGGAUGUUUUCACCACUUUAGUGGAUCUAAAAUGGCUUCACACACUUAUAAUUUUCACCAUGUCGUUUCUAUGCAGCUGGCUGCUGUUUGCGAUGGCGUGGUGGCUCAUUGCCUUUGCACACGGCGACCUGGAUCAAAAAGGUGACGACUUUGUCCCUUGCGUAACGGACAUCCACUCCUUCUCCUCCGCUUUCCUUUUCUCCAUAGAGGUGCAGGUGACCAUCGGGUUCGGUGGACGCAUGGUCACAGAGGAAUGCUUGUCCGCCAUAGUGGUCCUCAUCAUUCAGAACAUCGUGGGCUUGCUGAUUAACGCCAUCAUGCUGGGGUGUAUAUUUAUGAAGACGGCCCAGGCGAACCGGCGCGCCGAGACGCUGAUCUUCAGCAAGCACGCUGUCAUUUCCAUCCGAAAUAACAGGCUCUGCUUUAUGAUCCGUUUAGGGGACCUGAGGAAGAGCAUGAUCAUCAGCGCCACCGUGCGGAUGCAGGUGGUAAGGCGUAGCACCACUCCGGAGGGCGAGGUGGUCCCCCUGGACCAGAUAGACAUUCACAUGGACAACCCCGUGGGGACCAACGGUAUUUUCCUGGUGGCCCCUCUUAUCAUAUGUCACAUUAUCAACAAAGACAGCCCGCUCUAUGAGCUGUCACCAGCGGACUUACAAAAGAAUGACAUCGAGGUGAUAGUGGUGCUGGAGGGGGUGGUGGAGACCACGGGGAUAACCACCCAGGCCCGGACAUCCUACCUGUCCGAGGAGAUACUGUGGGGGCAGCGCUUUGUGCCCACUAUAACCGAGGAAGAGGGCACGUACGCGGUAGACUACUCCAAAUUCGGUAACGCGAUUAGAGUACCGACACCCAGCUGCAGUGCCAAGAAACUGGAUGAGGACGGAGGCAUCGCCAGGUUUAAGCUGCACGAGCACUCCACCCCGCGGCCGUCGGUGAGAAGGCGGCAACUCUCACUGCGCAUCAAGCGUCAAAGCACCAUCAGCCCACUAGCCUAAAUAUACAACUUUAAUAAAAGGAGUGGAUAGUGCCAAUGCAUUUUGUAUAUGAAAUUGAGAUUUUUAUUACCAGUAUCAUUUUCAUGGAUAUUUUUGUAACGUUACAGAAAUGCUGUUUAUUAUGUCCAAUGAUGUUCUGAUUCUGGGCACUGGGACCCACAAGGUGUGCAUGCAUGUUCUAGCCCAGCACACACCUUCAACCAAGGACUAUAUGUUUAAAUGAAUCCAGUGUUGGGCUAGAACAAAACCCUGCACACCCUGUGGGUAUUAAGUCAGGACCAGGAUUAAGUAUGGUAGCCUAAUAGCCUUUAUUACCUGAAAGUGUUAGGUGAUUUUAGGGGCCUGAACAUCCUGCUGUUCUAUCAUGCCCAGAACAUGCACGUAUCAAAUACCUUCUACUCAGGGUGCUCAAUGAAAACAUAUGAAUGUUGGAACGCAGUUGGAUAGAUGUGUAACAUUAUACAAAGCUAUGCAAUUAUCCAGUUUGAAGGCACAGGCCAGCGUGUGUGUGUGUAGUAGACUGGUGCCCAACACUCCUCCCGGACAACUGGGCUCCUUGCACUCUUUUCAUCUGACCCUGCAUGGAAACAAUAGCAGACACUGUGGCCCUCGAGGACUUGACCAGCGCUGAUCUACAUAAUGAUGCUCUUGUAUGGUAAAAACAUAUUGUCUUAUGCAAAGCUUGACAUGGAAAUAAAGGACGGCCUGUUGACAUGUACAGUAUGUGUGUGUUUGCGUGGAUGAUAUGCAGAGGAGAACUUCCUUGAAAAGUGACCUGUUUUCCUUGUGAAGUUACUAUGCAUGCCACACAUCUUAGUCAUCAUCAUCAUCACGUUGACAGAAGACAACAUGAGACCGAGCGGCAUUUGUCUUUUAUUCGAUUAUUAUCCGCAGAGUUUAAAAUAUUAAAUUGCUUUUAACUUAAUUAAAAUACAUAAAAAUGAAAGCCAGAACUGAACCACCCUGCAAAAAAAAAUAUAUAUAUAAAUAAACUAUAAACCCAAAUCCUCCUUGAUACAGAGGCUAUGUCUGACGGAUUCAGCUUGCCACUCUCUGUACAGUGAAGUUGAAGCAGACUGUGCAUUUGUCUAUACAUGUGUAAGGAUGCCAUUAUUUUUCAUGAACUAGUUUCAUCUUUGAUAAUAAUAAAACAAAAAGUACAUAUGAAAGGGAAAAUAAAAACCAAAAGGGGCUGGGGGGGGUAUCGUCAAGAGACUGUGGGGCUUGUUCCACAAUACAGAACAGCAAACGGACCAACCCCAGGCGAAUCCUCUCUCCUCCCUUCUCUUUGGGCAUGCAGACAUAACCAUUGUCUUUGUCCUUCUCCUGUGCUGCUGCCGCUGUACCGUACCCACAGCAAACAGCUCUGUUCCCUGGGGAAGAGGUCUCCACUCUCCCCUGUACUCAAAUAAUGGGAACCCGUUUGUCUUGUUGUAACAUGUCUGGUCAGAUUACAUAUCUAAUAUACAGUCUUCUUCUCUAUCUCCCUGCUUGUGCGGCAGUGCCACCCUGUCUAUACUGCCCUCUAUGGGUGGCUGCUGGGAUGGAGCUGUUAAAGAGCGGUACAUCAGGUGAUGAC